UCUUUUAGGGAUUAUUAUUAACAGCACUUGUAUAGUGACAGGCAGCCUGCCUGCCAGAUUUACCGAAACGGUGAUGAAACCGGCUACGGUUGCCGGAACGGUGGACAUGUCCACCGGCCAGACACUAUCGCCGUCGUACGUCAACUCUUUCCGCAUCUCCGCCGUCACUAGCCGGUUACUUGUUCACCUUCGCGGCGAAGCAAACGCCGAUAAAACAGAGUUCUGCAAUCUAUGCCUCUCUCUCGCUAGAGGUAUUGACUAUGCCGUAUCGAACAACGAUAUCCCGGGCAGAGCUCCGGAUUUACCCAAUUUGUUAAAGCAGGUAUGCCAGAGGAAAAAUGAUCUCACAUCACAAGCAGCUGUUAUGGUACUCAUGAUCUCCGUAAAGAGUGCAUGCAGUAGUGGGUGGUUCAGUGAGAAGAUUAAGGAAGAACUUUACGUUCUUUCAGAUGAGAUGCAAAGAAGUUUUUGCAGCGUUAGUAUUGACGAAUUGAAUUCUAACGUGAAGAAUAAGAACAACAACUUUCAUCUCACCAUCUCCACAAUUAUGUCAAGGUUCUAUCCCGGAAUGAAAAUGGGCGAAGUAUUUUCUCUUGUUGAGACAAAGCCGGGUUAUGAUUCAUACGUAACCGAUCUGCAUAUAUCAAAGAGAUCAAGAACUUCUCCUGAUGAUAAAAUAUAUUUAUUUGUUGCUCAAACAGAUAAUAUAGAGACAUCAGCAUGUCUUAUAAGUCCUCUGCAAGUCAAUUUUUUAUUGAAUGGAGAAGGAGUUGAUAAAAGGACUUGUGUUUACAAGGAUUUUGGACCACAGAUGCCGACACAUGUUACGCAUAUGCUUAAAUACGGAAGCAAUCUUCUUCAAGUGGUGGGCCAAUUUAAUGCGAGAUAUAUUAUAGCGAUCGCCUUCAUGCGUACGGUCUCAAACCCUAGCUAUCCUAUCAUUCCCGACUAUGUUCAACCAGUUGCUGCUCAACCCGAUUCAGAUAACGAGAUAAUCGAAGGACCAUCCAGAAUAUCACUAAAGUGUCCCAUAAGUUUCAGUCGUAUCAAGAAUCCCGUUAAAGGACAUUCAUGUAAACAUCUUCAGUGCUUUGAUUUUAACAAUUAUGUGGAACUCAACUCAAAAAGACCACUGUGGCGUUGUCCCCAUUGUAGUCAAUCAGUCUGUUUCCAUGACCUCAGAAUCGAUCAAAGCAUGGUCAAGGUCCUCAAAGAGGUAGGAGAAGAUGUUUCUUAUGUGAAAAUAUCGGGUGACGGUUCGUGGGAAGCUGUAACCGACAAUAUCGGCAAUGAGCUUACAGAAAAACCAAACGAUACACAGCCUCUAAACCAAGAAACUACCUCCCGUAACGUUGAUGAUGUUAUGGAUCUUACUGAAAAUGAUAAUGAAAUCGAUAAAUUUGAAGACAACGAUGACAAAAAAUCUUCGCCAGCUGGCGUAUCUAGUGUUACAAAUAAAAAUACAGCACCGCAUAUGGAAGACGAGUUUUGGGGUGAGUUUUAUUCACCUGCACGAUUAGAUGCUGGUGAUGUUAUUCAAAGGAAUCGCCUCCUUUUCAACUCCUUGACCCGAGGUCAAAGUCAAAGCCAAAGUCAAACUGAAACCCCUGUUUCCGGUAAUACGCCGUCACAACAGAAUGAAAACUCAAAUAAUAAUAAUAAUAAUGAUGGGAAUGUGAGGUACCCGACAUCAACCAGCUGGGUAACGAAUACACGAAAUGCUAUUCAGGCACUUCCCGCUCAGAAUUCUGCGAGAACAGUUGACGGUGACAUACGACAUAACUUUUCAAGAUCUCAUCUAAAUCAUCGUUCAGCUUCACCUCUUUCAACGGACCGCUUUAGCUCACACCAAACACAAUCCCUGAAUCAACGGGCUCACCUUCCGGUUCGAUCAUCUGGUCAACCGGCUCCUCAUGUUCGGCUAGGUGGUGUGGGCCCCAUGACGAGUCCUGCAAGCAGUCCUUCCGCUCAGUAUUCUUUGUCUGCUAUUCAACGAGCUACUUCCCAGAUUAGAAGCCCGACGUCAUCUGUCACACCUCCGAUUCAGACAUCUGGAUCAUCAUCUGUGACAGUAGCUGCAACAGGCAACCACAGAGAAACUUCAGUAGACGGAUCAGCAGAGGAAAACUGGAGGCCAACUGGACGGAUGAGAGGAAGUCUUUCAGGGCAACAAUACACUGAAGCUUUAAAACACAAGGUUAUAAUUCAACCAAGCGAACCGGUACAAGCGGCUAGACCACCACCGGUUUUGAACACACCUAGACCGUUCAUACCGCCUCAUUUACAAGCCCUAAUGGCUAAUAAUAACCCCAGACCUCAAGCAGGAGGAAGCGGUCCCGGUUCAGAUAGUAGCAUGGUUGGUGAUGCUGCUACCGGAGAUAAGUGACGGAAGUUGGUUCCUAGGUACAGUUAUAUUAUUGUCUGUUGUUAGAAAAAGUAUGAUUCUAUUGAGCUAGUCUUGUAUUGUCGUUAAAAUUAUAACAUAAAAAUUGUAGGCUUUAUCCAAAGUAUAUAUGCAUAAAUGCAUAAUUUGGGGGGCCCUAUCAGUUUUUGUAUCAUGAACGACGCUAUUGAACUAGUAUUGUAUUGUGCUUUUCAACGGGUUUAGAUUUUUAUAAAAGAUCGGUUAAGUUG